AUGUAUAACAACUGCCACUAUCAUCACCCUAGAUUCCUUGGCAUUCCUCUACGCUUUCCUGAGGAUAAAUUCCGGCAUAGGCUAUGCCAAGGCCUGUCAAUUUUCAUCGUAGUAGUUGGUUUCAUUAUCCUGGUCAUAUACUUAGCCCUCCAUCCACAGAAGCCAGGGUUCUCUUUGCAGGACGCCAUUAUCACCCAGUGGACCGUCACAGACGAUCGCAUGCUCACCUCGUCCCUGCAGUUCACCAUCAUUUCGCAAAACUCAAAUGACAAGAUCGGCGUCCACUAUGACCAGAUCAGCGCCUACGCCACCUACAUGGCCAAGCAGAUCACCUCCCCCAGCCCUUUAACACCUUUCUACCUAGGACACAACGAUGCCACAAUUAUCUACCCUUGUUUCAACGAGAGCGUCUCUCAGUUGGGUCCCGUUGUUGUAGAUUAUUUGAGAGAUGAGUGGGAUCGGGGCAUUCUUUCUGUGAAUCUGAGGAUCGAAGGGAAGAUACAGUGGAAGGUGGGGCCGUGGACUUCUGGGCAUUACCAUCUGAAUGUUAAUUGUGUCACUAUUGUGGCUUUUACGAACUGUUCUAAUGACGCUCGACUUCCUCUGGAGGAGGUCAAGAGGUGUCAUGUGAGCGUCUGA